AAGUAGUAUCAGCAGAAGACAAGUAUUUGUAAAAUAGUUUAUGCAGCAGCAUCGCAUGCAGCGUAAGCAAAGACUUACAUACACGCAUAAUCACAUAUGCAAGCAUACAUAGGUAUAUCGUUAUUCUGCCUAAGCAAUCAACUGUCAAGUAGCAGCAAGCAGCAGUCUGCCGUAUUUGGGAUUUAGUAGUCUUCAGUCAAACUUUGUACAUCUGCACACACAUUCAAAUAUUUAAUCUCCUGCUCCCGCUGCACCGCAACAUACUUUUAAGUGGAUAAUUUACUUUUCCUCGCAAGCAUAAAUAUAUGUAUAUAUGCAAACGGAAGUUAGUUCGUGCUGUAGCUGAAGCCCCGGCGUCAUUGCAAUGCUUGCAAAUCUCAACGUUUCCGGUUUCAGUGCGUUGCAGUAUUUAUGAGUGGAGAGGAGCAAAAACAAAAAAACAGGUGUAAACUUUUUAAGCAGAAUUUUUAAGUGAAAGUUUUGUCAUGUUUCGUUUGAGUUUGCAUUUAACAUUUAACCGCCAACGCUUGCAAUUCAACUGAGCUAAACACUUUCCAUUGAACCUCCGGUGCCGCGCGCUCACAAAUGUCUGACGAAGUGCCUUCGGGGCGCUUAUCGCAAAUUUUCGAUUCGCUCACCAAUCUACAGCAACAGCAAAUACUGCAAGCGCGCCGCCGCUCCGCCUCCUCUUCGUCGCCUUCGCCCGCUAGCUCUGGUCGCGUCACGCCAUCCACUGCCCAGGCUGGCGCACAACCAUUUGCUUUUCAUCACCAACACUUCAGCAAUCAUGCGCAUACGUACUAUAUGCGCGCACAGGAUGGCAAUGCCUAUUUGCAUACCUUUCCGGCGGCGGCGGCGACGCAAGCGCAUCAUCAUCAUCAUCACUUGCAUCACAUGCAAUCAGCGACGCAUUUCUAUACCCAGCAGCAACACGCACAACACCAACAGCAGCAGCAGCAGCCGCAGCAACAGAUGUACUGUGGCGCGCAGCAACAACAACAACAAAUGUCGUUGCCACCUAUGUAUGCUUCACAAUCGUUGAAUUCCUCGCCUUUGCUCACCAAACGUGCUACAUCAUUUAGCGGCAAUAUACCGUUAACGCGUCCGCAUUGUGAAAAUUUCGCCGCGAUGCGCAUCUCAGCAGCAACAGCAGCGAUUGCUGGCGGUAGCGGUGUUUCACAGUCGACGCCAAAUAGUCCGCGUUUAAUGCCGCGGCGCGCGCAGCGUCCACCGCCUAUACCGGCAAAACCAAGCGCAGCAACGUUGCAAAGCGUCAGCGCCGGCUCCGGUGCCUGUAGUAGUGGUGCUUCAGCGGUUGAUAGUAGUAGUGCAAGUGCUAACGCGGGUGCUAUGGCUAAGAAGCCCACUGCCAGCGAUAGUCGCGCUUCGGAAAAGUCAGACUCAAGCGCCACUGCGACGAUUAAUCCCGGUCUGGCCGCUUUGGAUACCGAUGCGCCUUGGCCGCAUUUCUCGACGCUCACCGAACACUUGGAUGUGCAUCAGGUGAACAACUACGCGCAACCAGUGCCAGAGAUUAACUGGCAAGAACGCUGUCUGGAACUUCAGCUCGAACUGCAUCGCUCUAAGAAUCAGGCGGGCCGCAUACGUGAUAUGCUGCGUGAAAAGAUUUCAAAAUUUUUGUAAAGUUUGAUUUCAAGAAAAUAAAUAAAAAAUAUAGAAAUGUGGAAUUUUUCAAAAUUUAAAAUCC